UGGGAUAAAUCCAAUGUGGCGACUGAGCAGAUUGGAUGUUCAUGGAUAUUUCGUUUGACAUCACAGAACCAAAUAGUUUGAAAGUAAUGUGAUUGUAAACAUAAAAAUGGAUAUAUGAAAACGUCAAGAUAUCAGUGAUGGUCAAAUAACCAAAGACUUUUUGUAAUUAUAAGUGGAGAAGGAAGUUAACUGCAAUUGAAAAUGUUGCAGUACUGUUAUUUUUCUUUUUGACACAUUAUGGACUGUUGGUUUGUAAGCACCAGCCAUUGCAAGUUAUGAGACAUAGAAAAUGUGAUUGUUGAUAGCCUAGCUAGCUCAAUGGUUAGGGCAAUCAUUUAACAAACAAAAGAUCCAAAGGAAACCACAGAUUGAUUGCAUAAAAAUAAAUAGACAUCUUAGUCUUUUUCUGUUUCCAUUUUUUACACUUUUCCAUUGACAAAAUGAAACGAGCACGUAUAAAGGCUAUGGUUACUGUUCCACCACGGCGAAAAGCAACACAAGAUUUGUCAGUUACCGAGACAGCUGGCAUAACUGAGUGUGAUGAAAAAAAAAUUAAAUCAGAUGAUUCUUAUUUGGCAUUACAAGAGACUCCAGAAAAUAAUUCCCCAGAGAAGCAAGUAUUGGAAGAUUGUAUGAUAAUAGAACAGACACAAAAUGAACAGCUUUGUGAUAACAACCAAAAUAUUCAAUGUAAAGCUGAACCUAAACCACGUUCCAUUGAAUUAAAAAAAGAAAUGGUGCUAUUGUCGGAAAACUCAAAUACAACAGAAAUUGUUUCUCCUGUAAAAUCAGCACAAUGUCGAUUAUCCUACAUGAGACCAACACCUAAAUUGGACACUGGUGGUAGAGUAAGAAGAAAUAGUAUACAAGGAAGCGGAGCGAGCGCGAGUGAAUCGGAAGAUGAUAGUAGGAAAGUAAUUGCUGCCACGGCCAAUCAUAUGAAAAACGAUGUGGUUCACUCAACAGAGUGUGCUAAGGAUCCUGUUACCAGUAAUACAAAAAAUGACACAACAAAGUCAAAAACAGGUCAGAAGAGGCGUAUUUUAGUUUCAGAAUCUGCAAGAAAAUUAGCAGAGGCUAGAAGGGAAUUUAAUAUAAAACAUGAAAAUAAAACACCAGAUAGAACUAAGCUUACUAUGUAUGAUCUAAUAUAUUAUAAUCCCGUUUCUAAUCCUAUGAAGAAGUCUAAAGAGUCUGGAGUCAUAACAAAAAGAAUUUCAGAAUGCGAAUCUGAAGAACUUCAAGAAGAAGAAAAUGUAGAUGAUCCGUCAUCCGCUAUGCCUGUACCUCAAGUAAAAGUUGGACCAGAUGGUCAGUUAAUAAUAGAUGAACAAAGUCUUGUUAUAGAACAAACCAAUGCAAAGAAAGGCAGGGAAGUAUUAGCGAAGGACGCUAUUAUUGAUGAUGAUAACAAUGGAAAUGGAUUUUAUAAAAAGCGUCAGAAAAGUAAGGAAUGGUCUAAAUGGGAAACUUUAAAAUUUUAUAAAGCAUUAAAUACAGUGGGUACGGAUUUCCUGCUGAUGAAAAGUGUGUUCCCAAAUAGAACACGGCAAGAAAUUAAACUAAAAUUUAAAAAAGAAGAGAAAAUAAAUAGGAACCUAGUUGAAAAAGCACUUGCUUACCAUCAAGAAUUUAAUAUCGAAAUGUUGGAAAAAUCAUUGGCCACGUUUGAAGCUUCAGAAAGGGAACGUUCCCGUGCGCAAGAAAAACAAAAACUACAGGGAGUAAAAGAAAAAGAAAAAGUAAAAACAGAAGGCAAGCGAAAAUCUAGGGUUGUAGCCUCUAGCAUUGAAGAGAUGGAUGUAUCAGAUGAGGAAGAAAAUUAUUCAGAGUUGAUGACAUCAAAUGAAAAUACAGAAGAAAAUAAUUACGAGGAACCAUUAAAUAAAACAAACAAAAAGAGACGUAAAGAAAGAAGAGAAGAAACAAAUAUGUUAAAUCAAUCGUUAAUUGAAACAGACAACGAUAAAUCGUUGAGCUUAUACAAUGGCUUCGAUAGUGAUACAGAGGUUUAUCAUGUCAGACCAACUAGAUCCGGAAGAUUACCAAAAGCAAAAAAAUUACAGGGACCAGAUAUAAACACACUCGACAAUGAAAUGCUAAAUCAUAGUUCUACUCAUCGUAGAACUGUGACGCCGUCAAGAGAUACCGUGAAAAUUAUAGAUAAUUCAAACUCUGACGAUAUUGACAUUAAUCAAGAAAGUGAAGAUACAAAUUCUGUUAAAACAAUCAUACCAAAUAUCAAUCAUGUAGAGCCAGGAUCCUUAGUUAUUUUAUCAAAAGAAUCACCAGAGGAACCUGGAAAAAGUGUUUUACAAGUUUAUAUGGUUAGUUCUAACAUCAAUUCUUCUGAAACUCUUGAAGAACCUAAUAUUACAUCCGUAAAUUUACCACCAGAACUUUUGGAAACUGUAACUACUAAAUUAUCCAAUGUUGAAUCAAUUACUCUAAAACAAGAGUACGAAUAAUUUACUUGACAAUACUUGCAUCUUGUAUAAGCCUAACUUAUCAUCUUUAGUUUCAAUUAAUUUCUCAGUUUUAGCUAAACUUCAAAAAAGAUAUUUUACAUAAUCAUUUUUUUCUACUUUUUAUUCCGUGGAAUUAAUGAGUUUUAUUAAUACAUUACCACAUGACUAUUUAAUUAUUACUUCAGUGUCGGUAAUUGAAAUGAACACCAUCUGAUACAAUAGCAUAAUCUUUAGGGUUAAUUGUGACAGAUAAACCUAUACUUUAUACUAUAGCCGCCCAAAUUUUUGUAAUAUUUUGGAACGUAUAUCAAUAUAUAAUUGUUUGCUCUACA